CCCGCCCCCUCCCCGGCAGAGAUGGCAGCGCCCGCGCCCGCGUCCCCGCCGCGGCCCGUCACCCACCUCAUCUUUGACAUGGACGGCCUGCUUCUGGACACGGAGCGGCUGUAUUCCGUGGUGUUCCAGGAAAUCUGUGGUCGCUACGGGAAGGAGUACAGCUGGGACAUCAAGUCGCUGGUCAUGGGCAAGACGGCCCUGGAAGCGGCUCAGAUCGUCAUUGACGUCCUGCAGCUGCCCAUGUCCAAAGAGGAGCUGGUGGAGGAGAGCCAGGCCAAGCUCCAGGGGCUGUUCCCUACAGCCCAGCUCAUGCCAGCUGUGCAGGGAGCUCUGAGCUGGGAAGGGCCCGCAGUCGUGGCCCCUCACUGCAGACCCGGGCUGCAUGCGGGUGGACCCGCUGCCCGGCGGCCGGCACAGCCUCCCUUCCUCAGCCAGCGUCUAGUGCUGAGCCUCCAGUUUGCAGCUGGUCCCCCGCCAUGCUCCAGAGAGCAGCCACACGCAGGCACACGGGAAGGCUGCCCUCGUGACCGGAGCCAAGCGCUGUCACCCUGGGGCAUGGGCGAAGUCUUCCUGCGCCCCACCCCUCAUCCUGUGGGCCAACUGCACACCCUCCCAGGUCCCCGGGGGACACGGUGUCUGUCCCGCCCCGUCAUGGGACGCGUCUGUGCCUGUGUGCUCUGGGCUCCAGGACCCUGGCAGACUGCACCCCCCCGGGGACCUCAGUGCUCUUCGGGAGGGACUCCUCAUUUCCUGUGGGCAUGCCUGGUCUUCGAAGACGCGCCCAACGGGGUGGAGGCGGCCCUGGCGGCCGGGAUGCAGGUGGUGAUGGUCCCCGAUGAGCGCCUGAGCCGCGACCUGACGAGCAAGGCCACCCUGGUGCUGCGUUCCCUGCAGGACCUGCAGCCCCAGCUCUUCGGCUUGCCCGCCUACGACUGAGGGCCACCGCGGCCCUCCACGCCGCCCGCCUGGGCCUCCUGGGCCCCGCCCACGUUCAGGGUCCACCUGCUGAGGGGAGGGUCGCAGGGAGUCGGCAGCCGCAGGUGCACCCACCCAGGCCAGGUGCAGCCGCGUCACCUCCGUCCCUACUGGGGAGCGGCCUGUGCCCUGAGCUGCCGUGGCCCACUUUUGCUCCAGGGUUGAUGGCCGUCCACUGGACACUUGAGGGAGGACAGAGACCGUGCAGAGCAAGGUCCAGCGUGCAGCCCAUGCCGCCGGCACACGUGUGUCGUGUGUGGUCUGCGUGCGUGCCCCCUGCCCUCCAGCAGAGAUCACACGUGGCCCUUCCCUUGUUCUAGUACUCUCAACAUUGGCAGCUACACCAUGUCAGCCCCGUGUGCAGGCGUGUAUGCAUUCAUGUGUGUGUGUGUGCGUGUGUGUGUGCAGGCGUGUAUGCAUUCAUGUGUGUGUGUGUGUGUGCAGGCGUGUCCGCACUCCCUCUGCUGCGCUGCUUCACACCCUGGGCCUGCACCCACUCCCUCUGCUCCGCAGCCUGAGAGGAGGGCCGGCCUCCAGCCUGAGGAGCAGCCCUCCCCGCCCCCUGCUCCUCACAGUACCUCCCUGCACAGCCGCACCCCGACUCCCAGGAGGCCCCCCACCCCGACUCCCAGGAGCCGCCCCAACUCCCAGGAGCCGCCCCAGCAGGGUCCCUGUGGCCUGGACGUGGCCCAUCUCCAUGUUGAGGAGAGUUUCCCACCUCACAAGCCCACUCCUGUCCCUCGGGGACGCUGGCCUUCCGGUGCUUGGUGGAAACGGUGAGGUUAGGGUAGGACCCGGGAGGCCUGAGCGCCACGGAACUCUUGGGGUGCUGUCGGCCUCCCCACACUGGUGGGCUCGCUCUGCCUGGCGAGGGCUGUCUCCUGUCAGAGAAACGGUCUGAUCUGCACGCCUGUCUGUCCGGGUGGCUCUGUGCCCCACUGUUGUUGAGCUGACUGUCACCUCCGUGCCUGGUGGAGAGAAGGCAGAGGGGCGGGUGUUUGGGGGGACGGUCCUUCUCCGGGCACCCCGCCUGGCUCUCAGGGCACGCCUGCCCCCAGAAGCCUCCUGAGCCGCCACGGCAGCGCCUUCCAGUGUCCUCGCAGGCUGCUGGGGUGUAAUAAAGUCCUAGUACCCGUCCA